AUGCCGCUAUACAUGUCGUCCAAGUCCCAUGAGCUGUUCCGAUACUUCCUGGACGUCAACUCCCCGAAGGAUGGAGAUACCCUCAGGCACAAACAGACCGUCGGCAAGGUGGCCAACAAUCCAGAUUCUUUUCAUGGUAUUUUGUUACUAGCCGGUCUGCAUUACUACUGGAACAACGGCAACCUUGGGGAAUUUGCUUCGACAUACUACAUGCACAAGAUCAAUUGGAUUCGUUCCAUCAACUCAUAUCUUGGAGGGGCUGACCACAAUGACCCCAGUAAGUUCAGGACUUACCUGAACAUUGUGGGCACAAUCGCCCUUAUAGAGAUGAGCAUGGGCGAUCACGACGCAGCACGAGCCCACCUGAUUGGCCUAUCCAUGCUCAAAGACAAGUUCCAAUUCCUCCAACAGAAAAGCUUGACCGGUUCGAAUAUGGCCGAUACGCCGUCUACAUUUGCAAUUUCCACAGAUGACACUGUUCAACUCUAUCUGGCCCUUGUCACAUGCGACGUGAUUAUGGGGACUUCGAGUUCGCUCCAGCCUCCUUUUCCACAAGAAGUGACUAAGCGACGACAGCCCAAAGCUCCUACAGGAGAGGAGCAUAAAUUGCCCGACGGUCGACUACCCCUGUGGCUCGUCACUUAUUUUCUCAUGGCAAGCUAUGAUAUAUCCGGCGAAAACUUUGAUCUGACUGAUCUGUUGGAUUAUCUGCGCUUGGUUACCACCGCACAUGGUGGUUGCUAUACCUCGCCGUCCUUGCCUGUUAUGCCCACCCCUGAAAGCCAGACGGACACCCAGACACCCCAAACUCCCUCGCCUUUUCACACCAAAAUCCCUUGGGGUAGCACUGUCGCUGCCGGAGGUGCCUACAUACACUGCAUAAUCGGUCUACCAUGGACAUACGGACCCAGCACCGGGGGCGGUCCCUUAUGCUACAUGAUCCCCGCUAUCCAGCAGGAUGUUGCUGCAAGCGAAACCGCUAUGGCAGGGUCACGGAUCAACAUCAACGGCUGCACAGAGGGGACUCGGCUCGGCCAGGCCCUGUGGCUAUGGAAGGUCGUGGUCGGCGCUUGCACCAUUGCGAGCGCUCAAAAGGCGGGCCUCCCGGCUCCGGAACCUGGGGGUCCGGGCAGCGAGCCAUAUCACCAGGACGUUAUUCCCAGAGCGUAUCGUGACGACAGCCCGCUCUGUGACGAUGACGACGAGCUGUAUGCCAUGCUAGCGGAAUGGUGGGCCAGAAGGCUGAGGCGAUGGAGUAGGGCCACAGGGGUUAUUGAGUGGAACGCCGCGAGAAAAGUGUUGGCGCUGGUGGCAUGGCCGGAAAAGGGUCCGGGUGAGAGGCUGGCUCAGAGGAUAUGGGAGCAUGCAGUCAACAAGCGGGUGACAUUUUAA